UCUGCACCCCCACCUAAAACCUCCCUCCACCGCCUCCCAUCUGCGCUCAUUUCCGCGGCGGAGCUUCAGGCGAGAACCGGAGGAGGAAGAUGGUGUGGUUCCAGUGCGAGGACUGCGGCGAGAACCUCAAGAAGCCCAAAUUGCCCAAUCACUUCCGUGUUUGCUCCGCCUUCAAGCUGUCCUGCAUCGACUGCGGAGAGACGUUCAGCCAGCAGAGCGUGCAGGGCCACACCCAGUGCAUUUCCGAAGCGGAGAAAUACGGUCCUAAGGGUCAAGGAAAGGUUUCAAAUGGCACACCUGCUAAGCCUGGCAAAGAUGCGAAGCAGCAACCUGAUUUCGACAUAACCGUCGGAUUGACUAAACGGCCUCCAUGGUUUUGCAGUCUUUGCAACAUAAAGGCCUCUAGUGAGCAGACCCUGCUCCUACAUGCUGAAGGGAAGAAGCACAAGGCAAAAGCACGAGCUUUCCAUGCUUCAAAGCAGCAACCUCAACAAAAACAAGAAUCCACUUCUCCCGCAACACUUCCUCCUGAAGAAGCUUCAAAAAGUAGAGGAGGUGACGGUGAACACAUAGAAGAACCAAAGAAUAAGGAUAUUUCCACAAGCAACAAUGCACAUGACAAUUCCGAGGUAGAUAAGGGAAACUUACAGUCGAGUAAAAAGAGGAAACAUGACGGAUCUGAUAAAAUUGAUCAUAAGAAGAAAACUAUGCUUGAUAAUCUCAAUGAAGUUGGAGAUGGGGAAGUCAUCCAGGCUGAAAAUACAGAAGUAAAGAAAAGCAAGCAUGUUGUAACUGCCAGAGAAAAUGCCGAGGAUGCUAGUCAUCCCAAUGAAGAUGCCCAGAAGAAAAUAAAGUGGAAGAAGUUGAUUAAAUCCACCUUGAAAUCGAACCCAGAUGGAAAGAUGAAGAUGAAAAAACUGAAGAAACUUGUUAUGGAGGCUCUCAAGCAGUCCGGCGUUACUGAAGAUGAAAACCAACUCGGCGCGAAACUUGAACAGAAGAUAAACUCUAGUUCGAGGUUCGCUAUUGACAGCAAGUAUGUUCGUCUAGUUGCUUCAGACUGAAAUAGUUGGAGACUGGCUAGUGAAAACUUUGUGCCCUACCAUGUCAUUUUUCGUAUGUGACCACAUAGGUGUCGACUUGUUCAUGUAGUGCAUUCUUUGUGAGUCUAUCGGAACAACAUUGUUGGACCUUUUUGGUAGGAAGGUGUGCCUUCAGGUAGCGGAUUUUGCUUUGUACCCCACAUUUGGGUGGGAAUUUUGGCAGAGGGAGUUUUUCCUGAGAAAUGAUCGGGACAUAUAGAUGAGAGUUAUUUGGACAAUCUAUCUACAGAGAAGUAAUAUUCUAAUUGAGAGAGAGCUGUGAGGAGAAUUUUGUUGAUUUCUUUUUUGACAACUUGGGUCGUUCUUGAAUAUAUGAAAUCCUUAUGAACCCCUUCAGUACUUACUA